AUGAACCGAUUCAUUCGAGUCAACAACACCGUCGUCAUGUCAUCAUCCCAACAACCAGACAAUUCCAAGCAAGUGCGAGACAUGCUGCUAAACAUUAGUCGAACCUGUGGCAUGCCGGUUGUCCACAACAAAAAUAAUAAUAUUCAAACCAAACCCCGACGACGAUCCCUUCAUAGUAACGCACCAAAGGACGUGACCAAGAGAGAAAAUGAGGAGUUGGGAGAUGAAGAUCCCACCUAUACAUUGGUGGUAGUUCGCUGCAAGGCCAAUAUUACUUGGUUCCAUCAAGUACCCAACCACUGGCGCAUCGUCGUCUAUGACAAGUGCAAGCGAAACACCAAAAAAGAAUUGCCCAAACUAAAGAGACUUAUCCGACACACUCCUUCCAACCACAAAUUGGCAGAAGAAUGCAAUGGCUACCUCGACUUCAUGCACGAUUACUACGACGAGCUCACCACCGUUACUGUAUUCAUGCACGAUGAUGGUUUGAUACCCUACGAUACACAACACAAGGCAACAUUUUACCACACACCCUUUCAUACAUUUGAACCCAUUGUCAAUGUCACUCAAAAAUACCUUACCAAAGAUAACCCAUUCCUGCAUUUCGGUGUCACGGAAAUGGGGGAACCAUGGGGGGCCGAUUGGUAUCACGGAGAUGCCAUGCACACUGUAUGGCCCUGCUUUUCUAUUCCACACUACAAUCAACAUGGUGAAAUCAUCCAGCUGGAAUCACUCAAACCACCCAAACUUAUAUCCUUCAAACCCAGUGCUCAUUUUGCCGUUCGCAAGGAACAAAUUCAAAAACGACCACAAUCUACUUACUGGGCAUUGCUGCAACAGGUGCAGCUCAGUCGGCAAACCAAGGGACAGCACUAUCCUGAUGCCAGACAAUUCUGUUGUGCCAUGGAACGUAUGUGGCAUGUCUUUUUUGGACAACCGGCCGUACUCCCCAAGAGAGCCAUGGCAUCCGAUCUGCUGGACAUGACAGACUGUGUCCUCUGUCACAAUUGGACAUCCUCCAACCCGGGGCCAGUCAACGGUCCUGUCAUUGUCGAUCCCAUUCUCCGCGAAAUGAAAUGA